AUGGGAAAAAAUAACAGUGUCACAGAAUUUAUCCUACUGGGUCUCACUCAGGAUCCUGUUGGGCAAAAAGCAUUAUUUAUCUUGUUUCUACUCAUGUAUGUUGUGACCAUGGCAGGCAAUUUGCUCAUUAUGGUGACAAUCAUUGCCACUCCCUCCUUGAGCUCCCCAAUGUACUUCUUCCUUGCCUAUCUGUCACUCAUGGAUGCUGUUUAUUCCACUGCCAUCUCACCCAAGUUGAUUAUGGACUUACUCUGCAAUAAAAAGACAAUCUCCUUCAGAGCUUGCAUGGGUCAACUCUUUGUAGAACACUUAUUUGGUGCAACUGAGAUCUUCCUUCUGGUGGCAAUGGCUUAUGAUCGCUAUGUUGCCAUCUGUAAACCACUGCACUAUUUGACCAUCAUGAAUCACCAGGUUUGCAUCCUCCUGUUGGUUGCAACCUGGGUUGGAGGGUUUGCACACUCUGUGGCUCAAGUUCUCUUUGUUUAUGACCUUCCAUUCUGUGGUCCCAAUGUCAUUGACCACUUUGCCUGUGACAUGUAUCCAUUAUUGGUGCUGGUGUGCAGUGACACAUACUUCCUUGGUCUUACUGUCAUUGCCAAUGAUGGGGCAAUCUGUAUGGUGGUGUUUAUUAUUCUGCUAGCCUCCUUUGGAAUCAUUCUAAAUUCUCUUAAGACUCACAGUCAGGAAGGGAAGCGCAAAGCCCUAUCUACCUGCAGCUCUCACAUCUUGGUGGUUGUCCUAUUUUUUGUUCCUUGCAUUUUCAUGUAUGUUAGACCUGUUUCCAAUUUUCCUAUUGAUAAAUCAGUUACUAUUUUUUACACAGUUGUCACUCCCAUGUUGAAUCCCUUAAUAUAUACCUUGAGAAAUUCAGAAAUAAAAAGUUCUAUGCUUAAACUUUGGCCUAAAAUAUUACAUUCAGGUACACUAAGGAAGUCUUGUUUUUAA